AAUUAAGCCUAUAAAAUUGAGCAUAAAUAAAAUCCUAAAUGAUUACAGUAAUAGGAGAUCAAAAUUUUAACAAUUUCGUAAAAUAGUGCUAAAGCCAAAAUGAGUUUCCUCACAGUGGACCGCCAGACUCCGUCCACAAGCGCGGAAAAAGAGUCUGAAGAAAGUGAGAAGAAUGAAGAUCUUGAGGUGGACAAUUCAUCCAGCGUGCUGCUCAAGAUCGCGACUCUGUAUGCGGAGCAGCUGAUGAGUGACCUGGUGCUGGAGGUUGGCGGAGUAGCCUACCCAGCACACCGGCUCAUUCUCUGCGCCAGCAGCGAGGUAUUCCAGGUGAUGCUGAUGAACCGCGAGUGGAACGAGUGGCGCGAGAGUCGCAUAGUGCUGCAGGAGACACCUCAGGCCUCAACCGUAUUUCCACACUUUCUGAAGUACUUCUACACGGGCCAGAUCCGUAUAUCACAUACCACUGUGCUUCCCGUACUAUCUCUCGCUGACAAAUACAAUGUUAAGGACCUGGUGUCACUAUGCCUUCGCUACAUGGGGUCGCACGUGGCGCAGGCGGCUAAGCGCGGCCGGCUGGUGGGGUGGAUGCAGUACACCAUGGCCUGCGGACACGCUCCGGUGGCCAAGGCAUGUCAAAACUUCGUGAAAUGGAAUGUAGAGUGGGUUUGGUCGGAGCAGGAGCUCGCAGAGCUAGAAGGCGAAGCGCUGCUGCACCUUCUGCAGCAGUCAGACCUCGUGCUGCACAACGAGAUGACGCUCUAUCGGUUCGUAGUGCGAUGGCUAGAAUGCCAGCGCGAGCGAUUGAACACGAGCGAGCUGACGGAGGCGGAGAAGAAGGCGCACUGGCUGUCGCUCGUCCCGGCCGUGUUCUCACACGUCAGAUUCCCCAUGAUGUGUCCUAAUCAGCUGGCUAAACUGCUUCUCUGUCCGCUGACUCAAGAGCACAAGGACUUCUUCAUGGAGCGUAUGGCGAUCGCUAUGAGCUACCAAUCAGGUCAAUACGAGCGCGUAGCAGAAAUCCAGCAAACGGAAGCAGGUCGCAUGUUGUUCACGCCGCGGCUGUACACAGAGGACACUUGGGGUUCGGUGCUCGGCGUCGACAACUUCCACUCCCUGCCCUGCUACCACACCAGGACCUUCAUCUUCUCCAGUAAAUCGAGCAUGGGUGCAUCGUGUUGCGACCGGGUCACGGAGUGGACGGUGGACUUGUACCCGAAAGGCGUCUGGUUCAAGAAGAGCAUGCUCAUAGUGUGGUCGGGGACAUUUGAUGUACCCGAGGUGGUGCUCCGCACAGUGCGCGUGUCCAUCACGUGCCAGAACCCGCCAGACGCGCCCGACUACGACGACCAGCAAGAGCCCGACGUGCGGGUCAAGAUCGGACUCCUAGUCUGGGGCGUGCAGAAAGGUGUGGAACAUAUCGCCUCUGUGGUGGAGAGGGUACACAGGUUCUCUGCUCAAAAUAGGGUGCUAAACAUAGAUGGCGCCCUGGACUUUGACUCUCUGAACACGCCGCUGUACUCCCCCGCGGGCCGCCCCUCCGGCCGCGACCCCGCCGCACAGCAGCCGCACAAGGAUUGUCCGAAAUGCAGCGAAAGGUGCGACAAUCCGGAGCCAAAGCAUCUAUUGGGGCCCAACAGGGACCAACUUAGAAUCCAAGUGGUAAUCGUGCCGCUAACUGACUACUGCCACGUCGGCACACCCGACACGGCCACAUGACCUGCCGUGUUCAUCAGACCGAGGUAUCCUCAUCAAACCGAGGCGUCCACAUCAGACCGAGGCAUCCUCGUACCAGACCGAGGCAAUACCGCUUGAAUUUAAGUAGGGGUUUCACUAUCGAUUGCGACAACAUAACCUGGGGUGUUUGGAAAUCGACAGUAGUGGCAAUAAACCUAUUUAUUUACCUUUAUCAAAUAUAUUGAUUGUAUAAGAUUAUUCUGCCACGUCGGCACCGACACGGCCACAUGACCUGCCGUCCUCAUCAGACCGAGGCAAUACCGCUUGAAUUUAAGUAGGGGUUUCACUAUCGAUUGCGACAACAUAACCUGGGUGUUUGGAAAUCGACAGUAGUGGCAAUAAACCUAUUUAUUUACCUUUAUCAAAUAUAUUGAUUGUAUAAGAUUAUUCUGCCACGUCGGCACCCCCGACAUGGCCACGUGACCUGUCGUCCUCAUCAGACCGAGGCGUCCUCGCACCAGACCGAGGCAAUACCGUGUAAGCUUAAACAGGGCUUGCACUAUCAAUUGCUAAUAACAAAGAGGAUAUAAUAAGAUAGAACGGUACUGUCAUAGAAAAUUUUGUAACCACUGUAAAUUCACUGCCAUCUAUCGACAUACUUUAAAACUAAAAAUGAAGAUUUAUAAAAAUACGUUAAAAUGUAUGUAAUAUCGAUAAAUGAUUUUUUAUUUGCAUUAAUUAUUUUUAUAUGAUUUUGACCCAUGUUCUUUCACUGAUAUGCGUUAAAAUUAUAAAUAACAAACGAGACCGUCAACGCCCUCUAUACGAGAGUAGGCCAAAACUAGUGGUGCCAUCUGAUCGAGAAUCAAAUUUUCGUGAUUUUCGAGGCACGUUUUUUCCUUAGACUGUAUCCAUCUAUUACGGAGUUAUAUCUAUCUUUGCUAAUAAGUAAUGAAAAAUAUUUUUGAGGAAAAUCUGACAGCUAAAGUAGAUGGAAAUAAUUUCAAAGGUAAUAAAAAUACAAGAAAAACUGCAGUUUAAACUGACCUGUAGGCAACAUAACAUGGGUGUUUGGUAACCGACAGUGGUGUCGACUAACUAACCCAGCGGUUCUUAAACUUUUUUGGUGGCGGAACCAUUUUGGAUAGCGACAUAUUUGACGGAGCCCCAACUUAAAAAUUGUUUUCGUCACCAUUGAACCGUGAGAAGAGCUGGUUAAUAUUUUUUUUCUCGCGGAACCCUGGAGGUCUUGCGGAGUCCGGGUCCGCAAGGUCCACUUUGAGAAUGGCUGAACUAACCUAUUUAUAGUAUCGACAUACCUAUUUACCUUUGUGUGAUGUGUGCAAAGUCUAAGGCUACCUUUUUUUACUUUCAUUUAGUAACGAAGGGUUCCAUCUAAAUUCAAAAACAAAAUAUUGAAUGUGUCCCGAAAAACAUUUUCUGAAAGAAAGAAAGUUCACCAUUAUGUUAAAGCGAAUGAUAUUUUGCUGUCAUGUUUAAUACUAUGUAAGGUGCAAUAAACUUCGAGUAAUUUACUUAUUAGAUAAAUAAUGUCUUAAAAAUAAGACUUUCUAAACAUAAUUAUACUAGUAUAAUCACGGUUAUAAAACUGUAUUUACGUGAUGUUUAUUGUAAAUAAAUAAAUAAAAUUCUUUUAUUUGCUUAAAAUAUGGUACAACAAAAGGACGAACUGUUGUCAUUUUUCAUUGAAAAAAUGCUUAAAUUAAUUGUGACUGACUCCAUAAUGUUUUGUUUAUGUGGAAAUUGUUGAUUUAUUAUGUAAUGUAUAAUGUUUAGUGGAUGUGACUUGUUCAGAUUAUAUUAAAUAAUUAUGAAA